UACUUUGCUUGAUCUUCAUCAAUUGCGUUGAAGCGUUUUAGCAUCCGAUAUUUCACGACCUUCGUGGCUUUUGGUCUACGACAAAGUGGCAUAUCUCCCUCAUCUUCAACCUUCUCGGAAUGGGUACACCGACCCCAAUCAUCCGAGAGAGGACGACCUCUCGUAGACCCCGUCCUUCUCUUUCCGCCGAUCCCAUCAACCAGGAAUAUGAGAAUUGGCGUCAACAAGACACGCAGCAGCUCAUCCAUCAACGCAAAAUAAUGCGUACUCGCAUGCAUCGAGCGAGCAUAGCAGCCAUGGAGAAGCAGUCUGUCAUUCAUCGAAAGCGUAGUCACUCCCGCACUCGCGAGAGCGAUGUCAACUCAAACAGCAACAUGGAUCCUGAUGAAGGAGUUUGCUCUUCUCAUGGGGACGAGGAUGAAGAUACCCAGUCUCAAAAGCGGAUGCGAGCCAGUGAUUGGCCUCUCACCCGCAGCGCUGAAGCCAUUGUGAACGCGGACAAAGAGCGUGAAGGGGAAGGCAAGGAAGGCACCAACACGUCCCUCAAUACAAACUACUCUGCCGAUAGUUACAACGCUAGAUCUCACCGUGGACGCUCACCCGGAAACACUGCCAACGCUCCCUCCCGGAAUCGACGCUCAGUCCCAAAAUCCAGCACCCGCAAGUCCAAGUUCCUCGAAGCUAGCAUGGGCGAUAGAGCCAGCGAGAAACCCCCUACCUUCUUCACUCGCUACUUCAGGCCCAACACUACCCUUGCUGAAGAUGUGGGCACAUCACAAGACGAGCUGAUGGAAGAUUAUCACGCCUACGCGUCGACUAGCUCUCUCACCCCUUCGGCAUCCGCAUAUCAUCACAGCGGAAUGACCUCACGUGCAGGCAUGCACACCCCAAACCCUAGCAUCACAACCGGCAUCACCGCCGACAGCAAGACUUCUGGUGUCUAUCGCUUCGGCAAGUCGUUCGCGACGUCCUUCAACCCCGUCAGCAUCUGGAAUAAGGUCGCGACCACCUGGAGUAAGGAACCUGCUAGUCCCAGGGACUCAUCCUCCUCCGAAACCAACGAUGCGCGGAAGCGAGAGCUCGACGAUCGCCAGGCACGUGCACAUCAGGCAUACGCGGACCUAAAGCGUUCGGGACAACUGAGCACAUUGGGAAGCAAGACUAUCCCGAAGGAGAUGAGGGUGCGUGCAGAGGGAUAUACCCGACAGAUGUCGACGGAGCCAACCCCGAAUGCAUGGGGAAAGUCGGUUGGCAGGGACGCGAGGCGCCCGAUCAGCUUGAACGCAGUACUGAAUGAGCGUCCUUCGGUGCCGCCGAUGCCGACGCGGGACGCGCCACUCCCACCACCUCCGCCGCCGGGGCCAUCGCCGAGCAGGAAACCUGGAUGGGGCCUGGGAUUGCUGAAGACACCGUCGUUCCAGAAUUUGAAGCGCGUAAGGUCGGAAGUGGAGCUGCAGAGGCCGAUGACAGCGAAGAGUCAGAAAGAGGUGGGGAAGAGGAACAAGUUGUCGAAGCGGGUGAGCGAUUUGGAGACGAAGUUGGAGACCGCGAGGAAGGAGUUGGCGGAAACACUUGUGAGAGAGGCAGAGGAGAAUGCUGAAGCUCCGCCUGUUCCAAGGGUGCCCGAGUCGUACAGUGCCUUUUUCAGACAUCGAGGAGUCAUGUCUGAUCAAGAUCCGGCGGCUGGACAAGCAACAGGUGGAAGUGAGCGCCUCGUGAUCGAUAAUCGUAUCAGUCGACAAGCAUCCACUGAUCGAUCUCUCUUCACUUCACGUAGUCGAAGUGAGCUCCACGAUACUCCAAGCUACGUUUCAGACUCAGAGGCAUCUGCCACGAGUCAGAUCUAUCGUGAGAUCGAAUCUCAUUCCAAGUUAUAUCGACGACCUGGGGCUGCAAUGAAGCCUUCACUUCCAUCACUUCCUUCCGAACGCUUACUCUUCCCCGAUCAACAGCUCAUCGAUGAGCCUGGAGACGAUAGCGACAUGGAUCCCUUCACUAAUAGCUCUAUGCAUGGGGCCAACCGCGUCAGUGUCUUUCCAAAUCCGACUUCUUGGAAUCCAGCCGCUGCUCAACCGUCUGGAGUUGACGGGAAUGGCAACUUCAUCGCGUUCGACUCGGCCGCUGAAACUACUGCUGGUGCGAACACUGAUCCAGUCUUUAACCCACCGGACGACUUGCAUGAUGACAUCGCCGAUUCAAUUGAGCGCAACAAUGAGGAUAUCCGACCCGAAGAGCGGAUCCCUGCAGACAAGCUCAGCUCCGUUGAAGCCACUUCUAAAGCGUCCCGCACUCGACGACGCAGCACUAUCAAGCGCAAGCUCGGUGAGAAGGACAUUUCCUACAAGCCUACUCGCGACGGCGGCGAGAGCGACGACGAAAGGGAAUGGAAGGGAGCUAGCCGUGCUAGUCGCAAGAAGCGCAAGAGCAACGGGAGCAUCGACUCGAAGGACGGAAUCAAAGGAAGUCUCGUUACCAAGCCUAAGGGAAAAGUCAGCAACGAGAGUCCUAAGGCGAAGAAGAAGGGAGGGAAGAAGCUCACCUUUGGUGAUACCACGAAGAGUGUCUUGGUGAAGAGCCGGAUCCCAAAGCCUGACAGUCGAGUCGGCAGCAAGAGCGACGAUGUACCCAAUCCCCCUCCCGCUGAAGCGACCGACUCCAGUGGAAAGCCCGCGAACCCCAAAGGCCAAGCCAUCAGCAACGGCCAACUGCUCACCCCCAACGGCAGCGCACGUACCUCCAUCUCCUCCGCCAAUUCCAUCCCGUUCACGGAUGCGCAGACUGCGACCCACACUACUUCGGGCUCUACCUCCGCCAAUACUAACGAGCACGCGACCUCAAAGCCCGCCUCCGCGCAAUGGUACCCUGUCAACCUUCCCCCUCCCUCCUCCGUCCGCAACCGCAGCGACAGCCCGACCAAGCCGGCGCCCCGCCACGCUCCGCCCCUCCCAUCGGGGAAGCUGCGCAAGGCACCGAAGGCGUCCGGAGCCGCGAACGGGGGGCGGAGGCGGAAGUCGUUUUCGCCGCCGCCGGUUCCGGCAGUGCCGGGGAGUGCGGGGAAGAAGAACUCGGAGGGGGAGUGGGAGUGGCCGCCGGAUGUGUUCUGAGUGACUGAAGUGCCAUGGAGAGAAGCAAGGAGGAAGGAGGACGGAGGGAGCUGGUGGUGAGGUGACAGGGAUACACAAGCUUCGAGGGAUUUUCGGUCGACAGAGGUGGAAGACGCCGAUCUUAUAGCGGUGGAUUUUUCUUUUGCUUUUCAUGUUGGGGAGUUUUUACGUCAUGGGGAGAUACUCAGGUCUCCUUAGGGCUGCAUGCCAUGCCGCAUGCGAGGCUUGGACCGGAAGGUGCAGUCUCACUCAGAGAUUCGCGCACAGCACGAGCAAGUCCUGCGGCGAAUAUGGAGAAGGUCCUUUAUCAUGGUCAUGGAGUUCAGGGUAUGGAUCACCUUCACAUCGAUACGUUUCAGCCCAGUCAGGGAGCUUAUGAAGUUAUGAGCAACGAAUCACGAUGCGAUUCAGCG